GGACAGCUCAAUAUCUACUCACAGUGAAACAGAUCAAAGCCCAGCGUGCUUUGAUCUGUCCUGAUCACCGCUGUAUGUGUGGCACUAAUGACCUGCCAUACAUACCCUCUGUUAAUUCUCUACUGCGGGGUCUAUUCUGCUACCCAGCCGGGUCGCGCAGACGUGGGAAUACUUUUCAACCAGUGUGUGUUUGUGUUUCAAGUGAAACUGGCUUGGCUUUAUAGAGAAGGUGGUGGGCGGGACUUGCAGCAGUGAAGGCACACUAUUAGCUCCCGAAGGGCUCUUUCACCCGGGAACCCAAUCCCAGCCGACUGCCUCUGCCUCGGGCGGAGUUUGAGGAGACCCGCGGUUAAUUUUAGUUUGUGUUGGUUGGACGGAGAGGAGGAGGAGGAGGAGGAAGAAGAAGAGGACGACGAAGUGGAGGAGGCGACGGCUGUCUUCUUCUUGUUGUUGUUUUUAUUUUUUAUUUUUUAUUAUUUGUCGCCUACCAGCAGGCACGUUUCUUGGGAGCAAACGCAAGCGGGUGUAACUGUCGUCGGCCGGUGUGUCCCGGUUGCGGUUCUACACUGACUUCUAUGGAGGAUAAAUCUGAUUAAUCCUUUCUUGUUGUGCUUUUUGGACCAAUUUAACUUGUAUAGAGCAUUUCACCGGAUACGGUUUGGACUAGUGUCUAAAGCCCGGACAUUGGUCAUCCAGGGAGAUAAAACAUGUCACUGUGUCAACAGCUGGAGGGGAAAACACGCGAUGGAUGUCGGUCAGUCUCCGCUUUGUAGAUAACACAUGGUCUUUAUUCACCGUUCUUGUAUUCAUUCAUUCAUUCACUGGACGGGGAGGUGAACAGACGCUGGCCUGCUGUCAGAGACACUGUGGGAAGAGGAGAACCGGUCACAGCGAUGGAGUCCCCCUACACAGACCCUGGCUGUUAAUGCUUCACAGAUUAAUAAGUUAAGAAGGAAAGCAGGAGAGGCGAAGACAAGAAGCUCUCCCCUAACCCCGGGACGAAUAACACGACAGGAUGCGUUACCGCCGUUAACUUCCACUCUGAGUGAGUGUGGGCAGUGCCAGCAGUUGGGGACGACCGUUGGCCGUUAAUCCUACGCUGUGUGGGUGCGUGCACGCGCCUCUGUAUGUGGAUGGUGAUGGUGAGAACCGGUUUUUGAUGCGCGAGAAAGUGACGUGCCGCUCUCCUACCUUCCCGCCCUUUGCCACGAGCCUCAAGUCAACUCAGCGAACCAGGCAGCCGGGUCCAGCUUCAUUUCUCUCUCCAUAGCCUCCUCACAAACUCGCCACCUUUACCUACCUUCCCCGUGUUGUUGUUGUUAUUGCUCUUAUUAUUUAUUUGAGCGCGUGUCCCUCACUCUGACUCUCCAAGUCUCGCGGGAUAUAAAGGAAAUAAAAGGGGUGAAUCUAAAAGAGCGGAGGGGAAAAGGAAAGGAAACACACACACACACGAAAACAGAUUAAGACGAACAGGAGCCGCAUAUAUGAAGAUGCUGAUGUGUGACCGCGGCGUCCAGAUGCUCGUGACGACGGUGGGCGCGUUCGCCGCCUUCAGCCUCAUGACCAUCGCCGUCGGUACCGACUACUGGCUGUACUCGCGCGGGGUGUGCCGCGUGAAGAGCAGCGGCGACAACGACACGAGCCGCAAGAACGAGGAGGUGAUGACGCACUCCGGCCUCUGGCGAACCUGCUGUCUGGAAGGAACCUUCAGAGGUGUGUGUAAGAAAAUUGAUCACUUCCCAGAAGAUGCUGACUAUGAAGCAGACGCAGCUGAAUACCUCCUACGUGCUGUGCGUGCCUCCAGUCUUUUCCCCAUCAUGAGUGUGGGUCUGCUGUUUCUGGGUGGGCUCUGCGUGGCUGCCAGUGAGUUUUACCGAAGCCGACACAACGUCAUCCUCAGCGCAGGAAUCUUCUUCGUCUCAGCAGGCCUCAGUAACAUCAUUGGAAUUAUUGUCUAUAUCUCAGCCAACUCUGGCGACCCAGGCCAGAGUGACAGCAAGAAGUCCUACUCCUAUGGCUGGUCUUUUUACUUCGGCGCCCUCUCCUUCAUUAUGGCGGAAAUGGUGGGUGUGCUGGCUGUGCACAUGUUCAUUGAGAAGCACCGCAAGCUCCGGGCCAAGUCCCGCACUGAGCUCAUCAAGAAGUCCGCCUUUAGCCGCAUCCCCUCCUAUCGCUACCGUUUCCGGCGCCGCUCCAGCGUUCGCUCUUCAGAGGCUCCCAGCCGCGAUGCCUCGCCACUGGGGAAAGGUGGCUACACAGGGCCCGCCGCCUCCGAGAUGCCCAUGUACACGCUGAACCCACGAGAGGCCGGCAAUGCCGGCAGCAAACCUGUUGGCGGCUUAGGCGGGCUGCUUAACUCGGAGAGGGAUUUCCUCCAGAGCAGCACGCUCACUAAAGACUACAGCAAGGACCCCAACCGCAGAACCACACCUGUCUGAGAGGUGCUGGCUACAGAUAUCGCCCCAAUCAGAGUAUCAAAGAGGAGGAGGAUGAGAAAUGUGGGGGGGGAGAGUGCAAGCAAAAGCAGGGGACACACAGGGUUAUGGGGUGGGAAGGGGGGGGGGCGGUUGCUAAACUUCGACUGUGAACUGUGAACUUUUAGCCUUCGAACUGUGAAUCCUGAGCCCUGUGAGAGUGUGUGCAGCAGGGUUGGUUUUAAUAGAGAAGUUGUUCCCAGCCCCAGCACAUAUCACUGUAGUAAUACUUGUAACUCCUUAUAUAUCAAGGCACAUUCGGUUUAUGUUCAUGAGUUUUAUGUUCAUAAAUUGAUUUUCAGGCUUUUUCCUCACAGGAGAAAUGGGAAUUAGUGGAAAUGUAAAAUAUAUUAAGUGUUUUUUCUGUUUGGGGCAACUUCUCUUUAAAAAAAAACAACAACAAAAAAAACAAAAGCACCACAAAAAAAACUACAAUGUGAAUUUGAGGAGAAGGAGUGACAGACUUUGUGUGAACCUCUGUCCUCCUGACCUUUUGGAUAGCAGCAGAGUCGGGUCAGGGAAGGGGACCGGCCUUAGAGCUCCCAGCUGACCCUCUGAUUACAGUAAACGUGAAGACGUCAGCACCUUGUCGUGGGCUCUGAUUCCUUUUCAGUUCAGCUAGAUUCAAAUUAUAAACUGAAGAUCGGUUUGCCCAUUUAAACCAGUGCAUUUGUGGAAGCAGUUAUCAUUUUCUAUACAUUUUGUAUAUAAACUUUCAUACUGAUCGAUCGGAAAGCUCGCUUCACGACUGAACUGAAAAUGAAUUGAGCUCUUCCCUGGUCACAUUUUCCCCUCAUCGCUCUGAUUCCAGGUCAGUGGUUAAACCUACCUGGCGAUUUCAAUGAGUAAAGAAGAAACCGUGGAUUAGCUGUUGCAGGCUGGGUAGAAAAGGUCUGACUCAACAACCUAAAGAAUCUCUUAUAGAUGGUAACGUAAGAUCCAUUGGUGCUUCCUUCUGUUUUCUCUGCCACCUCUUGAUUUAUUUAUUUUUUCACCUAAAACCUAAAAAGAGGUGGUCUGUCUGCCAAGCUGUCUGUCUGCGUCCAUGUGUCACCUCUCACCUUUUUCUGUGUAGCCACACCUCCUCUCACCCUUCCCAUCCUCUCCACUAGAUUUAGCUCCUGUCUUCCAUUGGUGGCGUUUUUGGAGACUAGUUAGGUUUUCUGGAGGUUGUUGGUUCAGGGUACUGUGGAGGGGAGACCACUGAGCUGUGAAUAGGCUUUAAGGCAGCACCGUUUGUUUGCCCACUACCUCUUGGUGAACACAUUUCUGAUUUAAUAUUAAAACCUGUCAGAUUUACAGCCGCAGGAGUAAACACAAGCUAAAGUAGACGUCUCCAAUAGGAGGAAACUGUUCGUAUGUAGCACACAAAUUAAGCAGCGGGAGAUGGAAUUGGAGGAUAUCCAAUUUUAUUAUUUAUUUAAGUCACUCACAGCCUCCUCAUUGCUCUUAAUCUCCACUGCUCACACACUGGCUGACAAACUAGUUACUUACUCCACUGCCACCUCUCCAGCCUUAAGACGACCAGUGUCAAAUACUGCUGCGAUCCACGCAUCGAGGCACCGGAGAACACUUUGUGUGCAUCUGACUGAGCAGCAGUGUUUGGACGCCUUUCAGACUAAUGGCCUUUACACACCGGACAUGUAAAAUUUGCACCAAUAUUUUGUUUGUUAAAAAUACUCGCCUAUUCUCAAUGCAGGCGUUCACAGCUACCGCAUAAUUUUGCAAGACGAAUUUGGAUUUAAUUUAUGGAAUCAAGCACAGUUUUUUAAGAUUUUUUUGCAUUCGAAUUAACAGAUCUGACCAAUCAGACCACUGCAUGUGGCAACAAGUGCGCUUGUAGCUCAAAACGCACUUACUGAACAUACCGAAACGCAACAGUACUGUUUCUUUUCAGACAUACAGCUAGAUGGUGCUCCAGGUCAGUCAACUCUGAAAUAAUUUCCCUGCCUCCUCAGAUGUGGGAAGAGCUCAGACUGCCCUGCUGACAUCCUGAAAUAUGUACGACAGCAGUCGUGAUAAAGAUUCAACUCCUGGAUCAAACCAUGAAAUUCUCCAUGCUGCUGCCUUCUCGUGAGAAUUGAAUGAACCCAGAAUCUCUGCUUCUUUCCUUUUGUUGUUUAGAAACAUCAGGACCAGUUCAUUGUGGCUUGAUGCGUCUUUUUUGAGGACGUUUUUUGCAAAAAUGCAGCAUAUACCUAACACGACAAAUUCGCAUCUGAAAGAUCUAGAAUUUCAUUUUGGUUUUUUUGCAGCAUGCUCGGUGUGUAAUGGCCUUACUUUUCUGCAGGAAAAGCAGCACAAAAAACUACUGUGAUAAAGCCCCUGAUCUACUACUAUAUGCCUAAUAUUUACACAGUCAGUCCACUUGGUUUCCCAACAAUCUAAUGCUGCAUCUGUGCAUUUGUAAGCAGUGGCAACUACUGUAAUUCUGAAGUAUUCCAGCCUUUUAGUAAAAGGAGGCAUAUUCUAAAACAUUAAGAAAACAAGCUGAAUUAUUCACUUUACUCAGUAAUCUUCUAUCUCACGACACGAGGCGACAGAAUUUGACACUGUGAGAAAAAAGGCAACACAGCCAUAAAAUCUACAGAGAGGAGACAGGGAGGGUUGUGAAACCUGAGCAUGAGUAUCUAGUCACACCAUUUUUCUCAACCUGUUUCUGGGACUGUGAGUAACAAGUAAGUGUGAAACUCAAAAGAGGAAAAAAAAUGCUUUUUUUAUUUUUUCAGUUAUUGUUCUUUUACCUUCCCAUAAACAGCCAUUGCACUGUUUUGUAUAAAGUCGACAUGAAACAACACCAACCCGACACUGUCAAGCUACUACUCUGACAGUCAUUACUCUGAUAAUAAAAUAUGUUUUAAACCUCGCACACACUGUUUAAUUUAUGAUGCUGCUGUUUUAUCUCCUGUCUCCGACGCCAUAAAGGGAGCUUAAAGGGACAAACGUGCAUUGCUACUGUCCUCUACAUGUAAAUAUUAAUUUUGCAACUGCAACUAGGGGCAUCAGCUUUUGUCAUGGGCUGUGAAAGGGGAAAAAAAACCCUACUUUUCUCCAAGCAAGGGCUUUUAAUUUUUAAAGGACAGGAGCACACAAGGGCUUUUUAUGCUCAGCACUGCAGCAAUUUCAUUUUAAGGGUGUAACGUGGGAGGGAGGGGGAGAAAAAGCAAAGUACAUUUGCACAGAAACAAUCGUUGUUGAACAAGCUAACCGCUAAUACAGCACGCUUUGUGUAAAAGAGAAGCUGAAGUAGAGGAAAAUCAGACUACGCUUUUCUACUCUGCUACUUUUUUUUGACUUAACUUUAGGUUAGAUGAGUAAUUUUGUGACGUAAUUAGAGAUGAAGACUAUUGCCUUAAGCAAAGGUAGCAUAUUUAAGAGUUAUUUCAGUUGCUUAAGAUUCAAACAUAAAUUAGCAAAAUAUGCCUGGUGCCAAAUAUUACUCCAGAUGUUUUCUAUGUAUCACGACCUCCAGGUUAGCUUUAGGUUUGCAGUUGUAAGUACUCUAAUCCGCGUAGGAUUUACUGACUCAACAGUAGCGGUAGCUUCGUAGCUCUCAUCGGCUCAGACCUCGAGAGGUCUGCUUAGGGUCGAAGUUCAGAACUGCCAUCCAUGAGCCAUGUCAGCGUUGACCAUUCAAACCAUGCAUGCCAUAUCCAUUUGCUUCCAGUGCUUACAUUUGCUUUAGUCUCAAAUGGCACCCUAAUCUCUAUACUCUGUAGGGAUACUCGACUGCUACACAAAAGACGCCUUACAAGGGCGCGCGGGCCCAUUAGCCCGCGCUGUAAUGAUGUUUACUUCAGUAGAGCACAGGGUGCUUUUUGAGACUAGGCCACUGUCUAUCUCUUCUUCAUAAAGCUUUGAUACUCUGAUAUAUUAUUAGUAAAAAAAAAUUAUUCUAUUCUAUUCUAAAGGUGCCACUGUGCAGAGGAUGAUAAACUCUGUCACAUAUUAUAGUAAUCUAUUCAUUGGGGCGGGGGCUGGGGAGGGUUGAUCGCAGGGGGGCGGAGUUGGGAAGCAGGGGUUGUAGUCUUUCUAAUAUUCUAUUAUUCUAGUUUCAUUUUCUACUUUGAUGUGAUUGUGAGGUUGUGUUGUUUUAAUCACAUCUGAAGUUUCUGACAGGAGGGACAUUAGGAGGAGUGGAGCACUCGGACGAUCGCUCAUGGACAUAAACCUCACCUCACCGGUGCCAGAGGUCACUUUACAAUUUGCCAGCAGGACACUCAGCACUGCAGCGCACACACACGCACACACACCACACGGACACAUGCAUUCCAAGUAGCUAUACAUACAAAUUCCUCUACUUUUGAGGACUUUUACCCAAAGCUUCAAUGCUAGUUUUUGUUGUUUGCACUUGCACAGGAGAAGACUGCGUCAGAUAGCAGCCUACAAGCAUCAGUAAACCCUCCAGUUUCACGAGUUUGGAAGACGUAAUGACUGUUAAUUAAAGAAUAAAAACAGGGUUAAGAACUGUCCGAUGCAUUAUUUAAAACCUGAAACAAUGAUGCAUCGACUUCCAGGAAAAAUAUGGUUGGAAAACCCCCCAGAAUGAUUAUUAUCCAAUCGUAGAACUCACGGCUAUGUUAAUAACAAAAGUAAGGGUAUUUAAACACGCACAAGAGAACUAAACAGCUGUGAAAAGCAUGUAUUAGUGAGGCUAGUUAGUGAAUAAAAGGUUUCAGUUUGCUCAGAAGCAUAUAGAUCAGACUCUGGAGGAAUGGAAAAAGGUCAUGUGGUCUGAUGAGUCCAGAUUUACCGUGUUACAGAGUGAUUUAUGCAUCAGGGUAAGAUAGAUCCAGCCUUUACUUUACCUCUGGGGUUGCUUCAGUUGGUCUGAUCUAGGUUCAGCAACCUUAUGUACCCCCCCCCCCACCCCCAAGAAAUGGGGGUCAGUUGAUGAUGUGAUUAAAAUGAAUGACCAACAAUGAUUCCUUUCUUUUCUCACAGCACAGGCAUGAUGAUCCAAGAUAAUUGACAAUCUUUAGGAUGUGCUGCAGAAUCAAAAACAAAACUGGACAGAAAUAAACAUCCGCAUCAUGUAAGCUCAUCAAAAUAAUGCCAUCAUCAUCAAAGGUAAUCAGCUGAUAUCAGUUUUGACCGAACAGCGUAAUCAAACUUUUGCACACUUAAACUUUAACUUGAAAUAGAAUUCGAAGCUUUGGGAUUAUUGGUCCUCAUGAGUAUAGGAGCACAAGAACACAGCACACAACGAUGUAGCCUCGUUAAUGAUCACACACACACACAUACAUGCUCACAGCUUCAGCUUUGCCCGGUGUGGCGCAGAGAGAAAUGUUCUGUUCUGGGUUAAAAAAAACAAAAACAACUAUCACUGUGUCAUGUUUGGUGUUUCUUUGGAAGAAAAUGACAAACUGUUACCACUGCGUCGCUGUUGUGUCGCUCCUCGAUGGGACUUCAGUACACUGAGCCAGCUAAUCAACCACGGAGGACCAGAAAAAAACUGUUUUGAAGGAAUAGUUCAGAGACAAACACUUGCUAUAAGCACUCUACACUUUGCACUCGCAACACACACACCAACACACACUAACGCAUUUAAGGUCACUGUGUGAGGAGGGCUUACAGGUGGAGUUAUGUGCCUGCAUGUUUGUGUGUGUUAAUAUUUACAUUGUGCGUGUUUGUGUGCGUGUGUGCAGUUAGCCUCUCCUCACCCAUGCACCCAGUGCCUGCCUGUCCUGCCUUCAGACAGCUCCAAGAUCAGCCAUGGGGCGUCCAGUAUAACCUCCUCUGCAUCCUCGCGACCUUUAAUGGUUGGACUGGGAUCAGUUUUAGAGCUAACUGCCCCGAUCAUUCCUCAGCAGACGCAGCCAUACAAGCUAAUAGGACUGUUCUGGAUUCAGUCGGCUCUGGCGGAAACAUUUUUAUUAUACUUUUUAAUUUGGAUCUUGUUUUUCUUACAUUGACGUCUCUGUCUGUGCAGCUGGUUUAGGAUCAGCAGAGGGGGCUUGGGGAUAGACUAUGAUCUAUUGAGUCCCUAGUGACACCUGGUCCUGAAUCAGCACAAGCUGAUUUUGCCUGCUGUUCCUCGUGUUCCCAAAUGUCCCAUAAAUUUGGGAAAACAAACUGUGUUUGCUCUGAAAGACUUACUUGUAAAAUUGUUAGGCUUUUUAAAAUGUGUCCUUUAGGAAGUUUCACUCACCAGAUUCCCUCCCCCAAAUGAUUUCACUUUAACUUCAAGCAUUGUUGACGGCGGUGGCAGUUUAUGGAUUGCGGACGUGGUAGUUGUUGUUUUAAGUUUUCUAAACAUAAUCUAUUGAUAGAUAAAGAAUAGCAACCAUUAUUACAAGAAUUAUUCCAGUCUUGGUGGCUAUUGGGCCUGUUUCCCUGUUUUAUUUUUUUUUUGGGGGGGGGGGGUUGUGCCAACCUUUAGCCUUUUAGGAAGAGAGAUUUUGUACCUGUCCUAUAUUUCACAUGAAUUAUUUUGACAGGGAAUACAGAGCGAUUAAAAUGUGCUUUUAACGGUUUUGCCUCAAGCCCUGCAUUCAGACAGUGCUGUUUACGUAGUUUACAGAAUAUAUCUGUGGCUGGCACGGUUGACUGACCAAGGAUGAAAGGCCCAAAACGGUAUCGUGUUUUACCAAGCUUGGAGAGUUUCGCUCUGCAUCAGGAAUAUUCAGGCUCCUUCUUGCUUAAAUUUCUUUUGAAAGUAGCAACAAAACAUGUUUUUUCUCUUCCUGAACAAGUGAAAUCAGACUGUGCCCUUAAACGAAAAGAUCGUGACUGUUUUUACUGAGAUUUACAGAAGACUCGCAGGGAAAUAUCUACAACACUUAAUGUGACAUACUUGUAUUGGAUUACUACACAGGUUUCUCUAUGAGAAAAGCCACGCACCAUAGAGUCUAAAUUGCCCUUGAGUUUUUACUGAGCCAUGUUGUAAUGGGUAGAGUCAGGCUACUCAGUGUACGAAACCAGUGUGACAGUGCACUGGCUGUGGGCUUUUUGCCACGUUUGCUGCAUAACUCUGUGAUUGGCAAAGCCAGUUAGCACUACUUCAUUUCAGACUGUAAAAAACAUUAAAUCAACAGUUGCUAUGAUAUUUGCUUCAUCUUUCAAGAUUAAGUAAGUUAUUUGCUACACAAGUAAAAUACCCAGCAAACCAUAUACAGGACGUAAAAUAGAGGUGAAGUAAAAAUAGUAUUUCAAUGCACACGUCUUCUCCUUGUCCACAGACUAGUAUAACCGUAACCUUUUAAAAAGCCAUUUGUACAUCUAAAAUCUGCCUCCUUUCCUGCACCCUGGACUUAAUGCGUCAGGUUGUUACAGCCACCACCUCUCUGUCCCUGAUAUGACCGUCAUUACCCAGAGAUCAGAACACUGUCACGUGUCACGUGUGUCACGUGAAAGUCUUGCAAGAAUGUAAAGAAAUACUCAAGCAGACAUAGUUAGCAUCUCCAAGAUGUCAACAAAAACCCCGCAGAAAGUGGCUAGCAUGGCCGUAAACUGUUGCGCUGUGCCUCAAAUUACAUAUUUCUGUACACCUACAGUUUAAAUUAAGCAAAACAUUUGAGUGGAAAUGUGUCCAGUAGCGGUCGUGAUGCUGGUUAGCCUGCUUCGCACAAAGACCCAUAAUUCUUUUAAGCUAAUGUGAGAAAGCUAUGUCCUGUGUACUUAGCACACACACCAGUAUUAAUUAACAGAUAUUGCACUUGUUGUGGCAUGUUUUAGUGUUUUGUUAACUUCUUGAAUUCUGUAGAAGAAUCUGAAGAAUUUAUUAUUACAGAAAGACAGAGACUAAAAAAGCAGCAGCUAGCGAUCCAGUAUUUUUGAUACAACUCUAAAAAGAAGAAGAAGUUACUUUCAGCUGCUCUUUUAUUCACAUGGGUUGCCCACAGUGUGGAAGUGUCUGAACUGAGAUACACCGACAGUUUCUGGUGGUAAAUAAAUGUAACCUGACUUUAUCCAUUUCAAACUGACCCGAGGACUGUUAGAAAAAAAUGCCAGAGCACAAACUCAGGAUUAGAGUCUGAUAUUUUAUUUUAUUUCUUAUGGAUUUGUCAGUUAGUUUAUUAAUUUCUGAACAGAGCAACAAAAUUUGCCACAAAGACAGAGCAAACAAUCCAGAAAUAUUGUCUGUUCAUAUGUAUAUUGUGAGUACAGCGGUGGCCAGCAUAAAGUUGUUUUCAGGGAGUGUAUCUUAGAGGCAUUGUAGCAUUUUGCUUCAAGAUGAAGCAGUUGAUAACUAUAAGGAGGACUAGUAACAAUCAGCUGUUACUCUGUGUGUCUUUAGGGUUAACACUGGAGAUUUUGGGUGUUUUCUUGCAGCAGUCAUGAAAGUAUAAAGUCAAAUGUACAGCUGAAACUUCAAGUAGCAUAAAAAGUAACACUAAAAGCAUGAUGGUAAUAGGUUUAAGUGUUAAAGAUUGUGUAAAUCAGUGUCAGCGGGCAGCUUUUUAUCUUGCUCCAUACCUCUGAGUCCUAUCAUGAGAUAAUUAGUCCUCUACAAACAAAUAUACACACACACAUGCAUGCAGAAACAUGCUGGCACUCACAUUUGUCUUUCUAUACACAGGAACACUGACUGCAUCAUUCACACACACACACACACACACACACACACACACACACACACACACACACACACACACA